GCAUCUAAGCCAACAUCCACCAUUUUUAUGAAUGAACAGAAAUUGCAUUAAUUUGUAAAUAAUUUGUUCGGAAUAUCGCUUUCUCUAAAAGUAAAUCCUGUGAAGUUCAGUUAAAUUGUUUUAAAAUAAUGGCGACCAGUGAGGUGCAACGAGAAGCUCUAACCGUUGAGUUGAAAACAAAAUCAAUUUGUCGCUUCUGCCUUACUCAAGGACCAGACGAUCUAACUAACAUAUACGCGAAGGACGCUCCAGUUAAAUCAUUACUUCCACUGCCGGUGGAAAUAAUGGCCGUGGCAUCUAUUGAAGUGUUUCUCAAUGACGGGAUGCCCUCUUCAGUUUGUUUGAAAUGCCGAUUGACAUUUGACUAUUGCUACCGUUUUAAACAAAUGUGUAAAAAGGCGGAAAAUCUAUUGAGUCAAGUUCCACUUUUGGGCGAAUGGCCUUCUCCCUUAAUGAAACCAAUAAUACCGCCAGAACUUUUACAAAAACAAUUAACUACACACAAGGAAAAUAAAAAACCCAUUCAACAAUUGAAAUAUCCUACAAGUAAGGAGCAAUCUCAACAACCAUCACAGUCACAACAAAGUUCUAUAGCUAUUUCGAAAGUAACAAAUAUUAAACCAUCCAGUUUGUCAGUAUCAACACCCAGAAAAAUUCUUAACUCAAACCCGGCUCCGCUUCCAGAACCACCAGUUCCAGCUCGUAUGAAAAAGAAUAAAAAUGUAGAAACAUUUACUUUUCUUACAAAAGUAGAGAACAAUGAAGAGAUUUCAUUUGACGAUGUACAACGCUUAAUAGCUUCUGAAGAUGGCGAGUUUACCAAACUGGAGCCUCAAGACUAUGAAGUCACUCCAGCAAGUACUUUUACAAACAUAAUAAAGAAGAAACCUAAACUUCUAAAUAAAUCCUCAAUGCGCAUACUCAAUAAAGAAGCUGACGUAGAUGCCGAGCCACGGCUCAAGCUACCGGAAGUAAAGCAUGACGAGGACGGUAACGUUUCCAUUGUUACUGAAAUAUUGGAUCCUAAUGAGCCGUAUGAAAAUGAAUCAGAUCCUAUAAAGAACGCGGCACCUGUGAAGACAAAUGUUUUUCCAUGUCCACACUGUUCCCGUACAUUCCCACUACUUCAACUGCGUGAUAUCCAUUUAGUAAAUCACACACGCGAACGACAUUAUCCAUGCACAGACUGUGACCGUUCAUUCUUCUCUAAGUAUGAUCUUCAAAAACAUACAGUUAUACACACGGGUGAACGAAAGUACAAGUGCACUGUUUGUGACAGAGGAUUCACUAGGCCAGCACUUUUGCAAAGGCAUGAAAAAAUACACACAGAUAUACCUAAGUUUCUUUGUGUAUUCUGUGAGAAAGCAUUCUUGUCGAAGGAUGCUAUGGAAAAGCACGCUGAGCGACAUCGGAAAAACCGUCCCUUUAAGUGCAAGGUCUGCUCAAAAGCAUUUGCCUUUAAGCAAGGCCUGGAACGUCAUGAGGUGGUUCAUUCGAGGGAGCAGCCUUACCCUUGCCAAUAUUGCGACCAAAGUUUCUGCACACAAUCGAAGUUGGCACGUCAUUUGGUUGCACAUGCAGGUGACCGACCUUUUCCCUGCAAGUUUUGUCCAAAAUCAUAUUUGCUCUCACAUCAUUUGUCGCGUCACAUGCGUACCCACAAGGAAAGUGUUGUUAUGUACUCAUGUAAUGAAUGUGACCAGGUGUAUAGGACUUGUAACGAACUUGUUAUGCAUUCAACCGUACAUGCUACCGAUACUUUAACAUGCCCUCUCUGUCAACAAGUGUUCGACGAUGUAGAUUCAGUAACAUCACACAUUAUGGAACAUGCCAAUAAUGAGUCGUUUCCUUGUGAAUUCUGCGAUUUAAUAUUCCUUACAUAUAAUGAACAAAAUUAUCACGUUAAAAGUGCACACGCUUCUGAUGUAGCAGCAUAUAACGAAGAUGAAAAUAAUACAAAACGAAAGAAACAUUGUAGCGAUGAAGAAUUUGAAGAAACUAUUGAGGAGUUUCUUUAUGAUGACGAUGCAGAGUUGGAUAUUAACACAAAUCAAAGUGUCAAUAAUGAAAAGCAAAAUAACUCUGAGGAAACCAAAAUGGCUAAAAAUGAAGAUGAGGAACAUUAUGAGGCAGAGUAUCUUAAGAUAGAAGAAAUCGUAAGUGCAGACGAAGAAAUGGUUGCAGAAGUCUUAUCUGAGAUAAACGAAGACCAAGAACCCGUUUUGAAAAAAAGUAAAGUUAACCCUAGCAAGGAAAAGGUGCAAGUUCUUGAAAAUGAAAUCAUUCCAAUGCGUCGUAAAGCCACCAACAGAAACCCUCAAAAUGCGGAGCGAACCACAUCUCAGAAAUCAAGGGUCAUUGUAAAUCAGAAUUUAGUGGCCAGAAGAGGUAGGCCUAGCACAGUUUCUCUUACAACAAAUGAGAAGAAUGCACCGAACGAUGAUAAUAAAAAUGAUACCCCUACAUCUAGCAAAAAUUCAAAAGUCUUGGAAGCUUUAGGCUCAAGAAGUAAGCAAAUUGAUUCUAAAGCUAUAAUACCUAAGAAAGAUGGAGUAUCUCCAGUAAAAACUUACGAAAAUAUUGUUAGAACGAAGGCAGGUGAAAAGGGUGUUCGGGUGCAAAAAAUUGUCACAAAAGCUGAAGCCGCUGCUAUGGUUAAAGAUGGUCGUAUACGAAUUAAUGAAGGAAAAUUUAUACGAAUCAAAGAUGGAAAUUCCCCAAAGUCAUCCAAAUAAGAAUGUUAUAUUAUAUUAUUCGUCUAAUAUUAUUAAAUGGAAUAUCGUCUUAUAUAAAAACAUACUUACACAAUAUCGUUUGUACGUUCCAAGUACAUUAAUUAUUA